UUACCAGAUAACACUUUUUUUACUUGUGGUUUUUAAAGGUGUAAUUUCAUGUGCAACUAAGCUACUGUGACCAAGUAAUUUCCCUUGUGGAUCAUUAAAGUCUAGCUAAGUCUGCGUCUGGAAUAAAGAAUGGAAAGGAAGAGCAGACAGAGCGUAGUUUCGCAGGGUGUGUUCGAUUAAUUGUCUAUACACUGCGGCGUAGUGAGCCAAACUCAGCCACUGCGAAGUGACUGAUGUGUGACUACAUAGGACAAGCAUGUCCAGCUCACGGUCCAGCUCUGUGUCUGUGUUCCUCCUCCCACGGCCUUUCUGCCUCUGACAGCUGAGAGGACUAAAGCCUCGAAAACAACCAGCGCGUUGUUAUUGAAGAAGCGAAGGGCCCGGGGUGGUAGCUCAGGCUCCAAAGGAAAAAAAAAAAAAGAAAAAGAAAAAGUCAGUUUUCUUGCCCCCCUUUUACCCCUGUGGGAAACUGCGAGGCCGCCCCUGGAUUAAGUCCCCGCCUUUAAACUCAAAUAAGAAGAAAACUUCAAAGGCCGUCGGCCGCCGGGGCUCCGCCCUCGCGCUCCCGUACUGCUUCACAAAGGAUUUGCCGACGUUCGGGAAUUCCGCCUCCGGUUCCUUUUAUAGCGCCACUCGUGCGCUGGCAGCGGCCCAGGACUCCGCCCACCCCGGUUACUUUGACAACACAAAGGACUUCACGGAACUCGCAGGCGCCGCCCACCUCUCCAAAUAAGGGCAGUCUCUCCAUGUAGGGCAAACAAUCGGUGCGAGAUUGCCCUUUUCUCUUCCUUAUCCCGUUUAUAUGAUCGGAGAGGAACUGCGCUUCAGGUUGGAAGCGGUGCGAUCAUGGCCGAGCGAGUCCAGCAGCCCCCAGCCAAGCGGCUCUGCUGCCGGCCCGGCUACAACCCGGCAUGCAGGCAGGGGCAGCGGGCUGGAGGAGUCCUGUGUGGCGGCGCGGGGUCUGCUUCGGGAGGGUCGGGAAAUGGGAAAACGCACAACCCCGAGUCGUUGCUCGACAUCGCGGCGCGCAGAGUCGCGGAGAAGUGGCCGUUCCAGCGGGUGGAGGAGCGGUUCGAGAGGAUCCCGGAGCCCGUCCAGCGGAGGAUCGUAUAUUGGUCAUUCCCGAGAAGCGAGAAGGAGAUCUGUAUGUAUUCCUCUUUCAACGCCGGCGGAGAGGAAAGUGGAACUAGCGGGGACAAUAAUGACGAGACCCAGCUGCCUUUCCUACGGGGUGUCACUCUGCUAGAGGGUGGCUGGGUGGACAACGUAUUGCAAGUCGGUUUCCAUCUGAGCGGCACCGUGACGGACCCCGCCACGCCCUCGUCCCCGGAGCUCGUGUGCAGCGUCAGCGUCAGCUUCGACCGCUGCAAGAUCACGGCGGUAACGUGCACCUGCGGGAACAAAGACAUCUUCUACUGCGCUCACGUAGUGGCGCUGUCGCUUUACAGAGUACGGAAGCCCGAGCAGGUCAAACUGCACCUGCCCAUCUCAGAGACCCUGUUCCAGAUGAGCAGAGACCAGCUGCAGAAGUUCGUCCAGUAUCUGAUUUCGGUCCACCACACGGAGGUGCUGCCCACGGCGCAGAAGCUGGCUGACGAGAUUCUGUCACAGAACUCUGAGAUCAACCAGGUCCACGGGGCCCCGGACCCCACAGCGGGAGCCAGCGUUGACGACGAGAACUGCUGGCACCUGGAUGAGGAGCAGGUUCAGGAGCAAGUGAAGCUCUUCCUGUCCCAGGGAGGAUACCAUGGCUCGGGCAAGCAGCUCAACCUGCUCUUCAGCAAGGUGAGGGAGAUGCUGAAGAUGCGUGACUCCAACGGAGCGAGGAUGUUAACACUGAUCACGGAGCAGUUCAUGGCCGACCCUCGGCUGGCGCUGUGGAGACAGCAGGGCACCACCAUGACCGACAAGUACAGACAGCUCUGGGACGAGUUGGGUGCCCUGUGGAUGUGCAUCGUACUGAACCCACACUGUAAAUCCGAGCAGAAGUCCUCAUGGCUGCGCCAGCUGCGCAGAUGGAACAGCGUGGACGUCUGCCCCUGGGAGGACGGUAACCACGGCAAUGAGCUGCCCAACCUCACCCACUCACUGCCUCAGGGUGCCCAUGGCAACCAAGAGAUGCGCCCCCACAGGACUGUGUUCACACGGGCCAUUGAAGCCUGCGACCUGCACUGGCAGGACCGACACCUUCAGCACAUUAUCGCCAGUGACCUCUAUGCCAACUACUGUUACCAUGACAACCAGGAGGGCUCCCUCUUCGACUCGCGCGGCUGGCCCUUAUGGCACGAGCACGUCCCGACAGCCUGCGCCAGAGUGGAUGCCCUGCGCUCGCACGGUUACCCCAGAGAAGCCCUCCGCCUGGCCAUCGCCGUGGUCAACACAUUACGGAGGCAACAGCAGAGGCAACUGGAGCACUUUCGCCGGCACAAAAAAGAAUUGCUUCAUAAAGGCCAUACCUCCAUAACCAACAUGGAGGGCUGGGUGGGACACCCCCUGGAUCCCAUAGGUACGCUGUUCAGCACGCUGACGGAGUCGGGACGAGCGGGUGAGGAAGGCUCCAUCACCUGCUUAGAUCUUUCAGACUGCUCCAGUGUUGUAAGCCGAGCAGACCUCCAGCGGAUGCCCGUGCAGCGAUUGCUGGGGGACGGUGAGUCGUACGUGGCGCUGGCGGUCGAGACGGCUCUCAUUGGCCUGGGCCAGCAGCGGGUGAUGCCCGAUGGGCUGUACGCUCAAGAGAAGGUGUGCCGCAACGAGGAGCAGCUAUUGGCCAAGCUGCAGGAAGUGGAACUGGACGACUCCUUGGUCAAAAUCUUCCGUAAACAGGCCGUCUUUUUGCUGGAGGCUGGUCCGUACUCUGGCCUUGGAGAGAUUGUCCACAGAGAGAGUGUUCCCAUGCACACCUUCGCCCGCUAUCUCUUCACCUCUCUCCUACCUCACGACGCUGAACUGGCGUACAAAAUUGCACUGAGAGCCAUGCGGUUGCCCGUGUUGGAGUCGACGGCCUCGUCCGGUGACCUGUCGCGACCUCACCACAUCGUGUCCGUAGUGCCCAACCGCUACCCGCGCUGGUUCACCCUGAGCCACAUAGAGUCUCAGCAGUGUGAGCUGGCCUCCACCAUGCUCACCGCGGCCAAAGGUGACAGUCGCAGGCUGGAGACAGUCCUGGAGUCCAUCCAGAAAAACAUUCACUCCUCGUCUCACAUUUUCAAACUGGCACAGGACGCGUUCAAGAUCGCCACGCUCAUGGACAGCCUGCCUGACAUCACACUUCUCAAAGUCUCCCUGGAGCUGGGGCUGCAGGUGAUGAGAAUAACUCUAUCCACGUUAAACUGGAGGAGAAGGGAGAUGGUUCGCUGGUUAGUCACAUGUGCCACUGAAGUUGGUGUGUACGCACUGGACAGCAUCAUGCAGAGCUGGUUCACCCUCUUCACCCCCACUGAAGCCACCAGCAUCGUGGCCACCACUGUCAUGUCCAACAGCACUAUCGUCCGCCUCCACCUGGACUGCCACCAGCAGGAGAACCUGGCCUCAUCCGCUCGCACCCUCGCCCUCCAGUGUGCCAUGAAGGACCCCCAGAACUGCGCCCUCUCCGCUCUUACACUCUGUGAAAAGGACCACAUUGCCUUCGAGACAGCCUACCAGAUUGUACUGGACGCGGCGGCGACGGGGAUGAGCUACACGCAGCUGUUCACCAUCGCGCGCUACAUGGAACACCGAGGUUACCCGAUGAGGGCGUACAAGCUGGCGACGCUGGCCAUGGCCCACCUGAACCUCAGCUACAACCAGGACACGCACCCGGCCAUCAAUGACGUUCUGUGGGCCUGCGCGCUCAGCCACUCGCUGGGGAAGAACGAGCUGGCGGCCGUCAUCCCCCUGGUGGUCAAGAGCGUGAAGUGCGCCACCGUGCUCUCGGACAUUCUGCGGCGGUGCACGCUCACCACGCCGGGCAUGGUGUCGGCGCUGCACAGCCGCAGGAACUCUGGGAAGCUGAUGUCGCUGGACAAGGCGCCGCUACGGCAGCUGCUGGACGCAACCAUCGGGGCCUACAUCAACACGACGCACUCGCGGCUCACGCACAUCAGCCCGCGGCACUACAGCGAAUUCAUCGAGUUCCUGGGGAAGGCCCGGGAGACUUUCAUGAUGGCUCACGACGGACACAUUCAGUUCACCCAGUUCAUAGACAACCUGAAACAGAUCUACAAGGGCAAAAAGAAACUAAUGAUGCUGGUGAGGGAGAGGUUCGGCUGAGGGGGGGGAGGGGGUCGCCAACAGCUCCCCUCCCACUCUAGUACUUUUCUAUUAACUUGAGUCUGCCUUUUGAACUUCUUUUGGACUUUUUAGACAAGUAAAGAAGAGGGAUUGUGACUUGUAGAAUGAAGCAAAAAGAGGAAAGGAAAAGAUGAGAAAAAAAUCAACAGAGCCACAUGCGGUAUUAUUGUUCUUGCUGUUGUUAUUGUUAUAAACAUUAUUACUAUUAUUAUUAUUAUUAUUAUUAUUAAUAAUAUUAUUACUACUAUGUGUACAGAAGUGUUUUUAUUUUUCAGAAGAGAGGAAAUUUGUCACAUUGUGAAUGUUGUGUGUAUUUCUCUACAUGUGUGCGAGACGGAAAUGAAAAGUGAAAUGGCUUUUUUUUUAAAAAAUGAUUUUUUGUUCCUUUAUUUUUUUUUGUUUGUUUUUUGUUUAAAGCAUCAUGUUUUUUUCCCUUUUUUCAGUGUAUAUUGAGUUACAUGUCGUCAAAGUGGCCGAAGCCCUUCUACAAAAAUCGCUCAUGUUAAAAAAAAAAAAAAAAAAAAAAAAUACAAAGAAAAACCAACAACAACAACAACAGCAAAUGUCUCGGCAUCCUCAAAAUGAAACUAAGGCUUUAAACCACACGGAGCACCUCCCUCUGUCCAGGCCCUCGGCGGUAGGCGCUGGGCAGCACUGCACAGCUUGGCUCGGCUCGGCUCGGCACAGCUUGGGUUAGCACUGACAGAAAGCCACCAUCACCCUUUUUUUUUUUAAAUUAUUUUUAUUUUUAAAGGUUUUUUUUGUAUUUGACGUGGCGGCAGCAGCAGCACUUGAGCAGCCAUUCGUUUUCUCUGGGUUCCAGGCAUUAGCUUCAUCACACAACAACGCUCUUAGUUAACCUGUGUUUGUUGUAAUCUCGCUGUCCUACGUAACGAGGACCUGCUCCAGCGGCGGGGACGAUGGCACGUUAGAUGAAUACGAUGUUAACGUAACAGCCCGGAUUUCACUAAAUGAACCCGAUUUUUCUCGUUGAAGCAGAAACCCAGAGGCAGACUACCUCACCAUACUAAUUGAACCUGCUCCCUGUUUUCUUACUUUUUUUCUUUUUUUUUUUGCUAUCAUGAUUUUUAUCAUCCUCUACAGCUGACAGUGUUAAUUAAAAAAACGGGGGGGACUGACUAGUAAGAUCAAUGCUACGAGGAAACCUGCAAAAAGUGUCUCUGUGCUCGGCUCUGCUGUACGCCCUGGCAUCCGUACGCGCGCCCCGGAGCCAAAAGAAUUGGCUCAAACCCACUCAAGAAGAUGUGUCAGUAUGUCAACCCCCCCCACCCCCCCAACCCCCAACCCCACCCCACUUCCCCACUUCCCCCACAAACCUCCAUCUCAUCUCUACAGCCGCCAUUGUAUGGUAUUUUCAGACUAGGCCAGUGUCACUUCCCUCUGUGCAUGUGAAUCAUAGAAAUUAGACUUUCUACUGUUAUAGUUCGUGGUGUGGAACCUUCAGUAAUUGUCAACCAGAACGUUCUCAGGGAUUUCUCUACACAGGAAAAAAAAAAAAAAAAAAGAAAAAAAGGAAAAAAAAAAAGGCGGAACAAACUGACGACUACGAGGAAAAAGACGGAAAAAAAGCGCGACACGACACAUGAGCGAGCAUUUAUUGUACUCUGUAUAUAUGCCAUAGUAUAUGUCUGAAUAUGGAGGAUCUGAAAGUAUAUGUUAACUAAUUUAUACAGAGUAUUCUAUGUAAUGUGAAAUACUUGAAGCCGCUGUAGUUUGCUCUCUCUCUCGCUCUCCAUCUCUUUCUCUUUUACUUUCCGUCUUCUCUUUUUUUUCUUUAUUUCUCUUUUGUUGAUAACGGAACAUAUCAGAAGGACUAGACUGACCUUGUUGACGGCUUUUUUUUUUUUUUUUUGCUUUUUCUUUUUUGUUUUUCGUGGACUUACAUGUGCUCAUACUUGAGGCGCUGGAUCCCGUCAGAAACUCAGUCCAGAUUUUGGUGGCGCAGAAAGAAUAAAAGAAAAAAAAGCAUUGAUGAUCAUUCCGGCUGACUACAAGCAAAGGAAAGGGAGGGAGGUAGACUAAUAAAUGUUUUUUAAAAAAACAAAACAAAAAAACACACACACACAAUACAGGAUCUCUUAAAGUACUUACUUAUGCAUGUACGCUGUUGUACUAGCCUAGUUUUCCAUGGGAUCCUAUUGGAAAAAAAUGUGCUUUAUACAGGAGCUAAUUGGAAAUUAAUCUAGUAAAAAAAACGAAACAAAAGAAGAAGUAUUCGGUGUCCAGCCUUACACGCAUUUAAGGACAUUUCUAGGCUUAGGCUGCCUCAUCUUGCAGAAAUAUAACCACUGCAAGAAUGACAAUAGUCGCGGGUUUAACACGGCUAAAAAGAAAGGAAAAAAAAAAACAAAAAAAGUCUCCUCGGUUUUCCGUUGCAGAAUUUCCAGUGUCUCCUCUGCAAUGUUCAGCUGUCCUACCAUUACCCGUUUCCUCGACCUUCUCGUUCAUUUCCGUUUGUUUCAUUUCUCAUUUUCUGUGCAUCUUUUUCUAUCUCGUGUCGACUAAAGAUAAAAGCAGCCUUUUUCUCUUGCCUUGUCUUAACGCUUUAAAGUAACCAAACAGAAGAUCUAUCUAACAACCAAACGCGUUCUAAGAGGUGAGAGACAACCGACCUUGGUCCCAGCUUUAGUGUCCUUAAUUAGUAAGUGAAUGGCUGUGUAAUUCAUGCUUUAACAAAGCAAUUCCUCACGUGUGUUUGGUGGGAAAAAAAAAAGAAAAAAAAAUACGUUGUCCAGUGUCUCUUGUUCUCUUCAGAAACGAUUUCCUCUGAGUCUUUCUAGCUGUUCUUAUUUUAUUUUUAAUUAUUUUUUUUUUGUUUGUCUGUGUAGGAAUCUUCUGCUCUCCCAUUUUAUUUAUUACAAUGACCCAUGUAUACAUGCUUAUGAAAUUAAGAUUUGAUACACCGAUAUCAAUUUAUUUAUGUAACUAAAUCACUGUUUUAUAAUCUUGUUAAUGAGUCAAUAAUUGAUUUUUUUUUUGUUUUAUUUUUUUUUUGUUUUUUUGUUUUAAUAAAAGUUAGUUUUUGAAAUGUA